AAUCGAGUUGUCUUGCUCUGUGCAGCCACCCGAGGAGCCCGUGGAGGACAGGAUGUUGGGUUGGGAGGAUUAUGUGACCAGUUUGCUGGCAGAUGGACUGUGUCAGGACGCCGCCGUCUUUGCCUCCUCCUGUCCGAGGCUGCUGGCUGCCAAGGAAGAAGGUCUAUUGGAGCAAAUGAGCCCGAAGGAAAUCAGGAUGAUCCUGAGCUGCGAUCGGAAAGGCUUCCUGGUCAGGGGGCUGACCAUCAGCGGGAGGAAGUGCUACGUUAUCCGGGAUAACUUCUACAUGGACGGGGAUGACACCAUGGAUAUCCGGAUGAAGAGGCAGGAAGGUACACCAUGCCUCAGCCUGGCCAUCGCCAGGUCAAAGAAGGUGUUCAUCAUCAUCAUGGGGAAGCAAGGCAUUCACGGAGGAACUCUCAAUAAAAAGGCGUUUCAGAUGGCCACUUACAUCAGGAAGUCUGGCUGUUAGCUCGAACCUUUGUAACCCCCAGAACAAAUUCCUACGGUAUCUCUCUGUGGCUAUAUUUUCCUCCAGAUUUCAUAAACUAUUUCAUUUCUUGUAA